GCUUUAUAUACAUACAUUCUAUAAAACCUCAUAUUUACAAUUGUCAAAGUAUUUAUACUGUUAUCCGUAGGCAUUUAAAUCCAUUUUAGUUUGCUAUAAAAUAGCUUCUUUUCUUCCUUCAAAAUAAAAUAAAAAAUGGCAUCACCUUUAGUAAAUGCCAAACACAAAUACAUGCACAAAUACAGUAUGAGGCACAACACAAAUUAAUUAUACCUAAAAAAGGGUGUGUCAUGUCAAAAGUAACACCCAAUAUACUGACUAAAAAAGGUGCAUAAUCUCAAAAUACAAUGAACAAUUUGUCGUAGUUUUUACAUUGUUUUACUCCACAAAAUCUCAGAAAAAACAAUGUAGCUUUUACAUGUUAUCUUAAGUAAUCUCAUAGGCAAUUCAAGAUGCUAUACAGGAUGAUACAUCUGUUUAAAUCCAGUUUAAAUUCAGAUGCAGGCAGACAAAAGCCUCAGUAUAUUACAAUUUUAAAUAAACUGAACACAAACUAUUGGAAAGCUAGAAUAAUAUAAAACAUGUCUCCUUGUUGUGUUGUUCAGAAAGCAAACACCUGUAAAGUAGAGCGAGGUGGGGGUGUAAACAGAGCCGCAGGUGUGUCCUCUCGCCAUAUGUAUCCAUCACUGUGACGUCAGUGGGUUCAGUCUCGCGGCCGUCUUUCCCUCCUCACCAUGACAACGACGGAUUUCUAGCAUCGUCAGACAUCAAACGGUCCGCCGCUCCGCUCCCGGAAGAGAGACGCGCGCCCUGCAGCACACCGCGUUGUACACACGACUACCGGGGGCACGGUUCAUGUAGGAAGGCCGUGUUGUUUCCCGGUGUGGUCACGCCGCAGGUCGAGGAGGAGGGAGACGUCCUCUCUGCGUGUGAACAACAUGGCUCUCUUCGAGCAUCCCCGGCUGCUGCUCGCCUGCGCCGCGCUGCUGGCCGCCGUCCGACGCGGCGACGCCCGCUCUUUGCCCAUCUCGGAUCUGAAAUCCCAAAUAUCGGGCGUCGAGGAGCUCCUGGAGGAAUUUCGCAAGCAGCUGCAGCAGGACCAGCCGCAUCGGGCGGCCGACGCGAUGGACUCGUGUGUGGGCGACUUCAACGCCGUCGGGGAGCGCAUCAUCCGGACCAAGGCCUCCAUCGAGCAAGGGGCCACGUUCCUGUUGGCCCCGGACGGGGUGUACACCUGGAGGGACUGUGUGCACGCGUGCUGCUCGCAGCCCCACUGCACCGUGGCGGUGGUGCAGCGGGACCUCCGGCAGCCCGGGGACAGCCUCAGCUGCUACCUGUUCAACUGCACCUACCGGGGCAGCAGCGUGUGCUCCUUCGCGCCGCAGCAGGGCUUCGCCACGUACAGCCGGAUGCCCAACGCCACGCAGGGGCCACAUCCCGCCUCACCCGGGGGCCCCGGGGAAGGACGUCCCGAUGAGGAGGCUGCACAAGAUGUGGACGAGCCUCCUCGCAGUGACGCUGGACAGGAUGUGGUCAUCCAGCUGCCCACGGACUGGGCCGUCCUGGAUGGACGGGACAGCGUGGACGACCAUGGGAUCGACCACUACGACUGGGCUCUCGUCAAGGGGGAGAGCGCCAUCAACAUGAAGGCGACUCAUCCGGGGCUGCUGAAGAUCAGGGGACUCCAGGGGGGGGUCUACUCCUUCCAGAUGACGGUCACUGACACAUCGGGCCAGAAAAGCUCUGACAACGUCUCUGUCACCGUGCUGGCACCAAAACACCAGGCGGAAGUUUGUACAGGUCUCUGUUCAAAGUACCAGUUCAAAUGUGAUGACGGUUGCUGUAUUGACAUCACGUACGCCUGCGACGGGAAGCAGCACUGCCCAGACCGCUCCGAUGAGAUCUUCUGCCCAAUCUUUGACAGCAACAGGAAGUCAGUGAUGCGCCCUGUCGAUCGGCUCGUGGCCCCGCCAGAGGAGGCAGAGGACAGCUCCAUGCUCCAGACUGAGGCCAGAAAGACCAUUGAGAACAUCGUAUCGCCUCUGGACCGGAGCAAGGCCGCCCCUCCACAAAGCGCCGGGCAACAGGAGGCUUCGGCCAGUCAAGAUCCAUGUGCUGCGGCUCCAGUUGUCGGACCGUGUAAAGGCACUUUCCCACGCUGGUACUAUGACCAAAAUGCAGGGGCAUGCAAACAAUUUCUAUAUGGUGGUUGCCAGGGCAACCAUAACAACUUCCUCCAGGAAACUGACUGUGUCAGUGAAUGUAUACAAAAAAGUCCAGCUUUCAGACCAGCGACUGUGACUCCUCCAAUCACCGAAAAGACUGAGAUAGCUGUCCCAAAAGAAUCCCAGAGCCAGGCAGAAAGCAAUGCUCCUGUCUCCAAACCAUUUCCAGGGAUAGGAGGGCACCCGGUACCAGAGUCAGGUGCCAUCCUUCCUCUGGCUCUCGGCCUGAUCAUCACUGCUCUGCUGCUGCUCAUGAUUGGCUGUCGUCUCAGAAUGGUUGGACACAAGCUGAAGAAAGCCCGACCGCUCACCACAGAGGAGUCAGAUUACCUCAUCAACGGCAUGUACCUGUAGCCAAUCAGCCAGGAGAUUUGAGAAAGAGGAACAUGGGUGUCGUCGCCAGAGCCUGAGACGGAACUUUUGGAAUUUGCACGCUGUGUUUCUUGCAGCCCACUGUCUGUCAUUUGUCCUCAUGUCCGGUUGGAAACACCCCGAGUCUUCGCUGUCUGAAAGUCAUCACCCUGAACCCCGACUGGUACAUCCGCUGCCUUUAAAGCCAUCGACACACAUUUAGAUGCUUGUUAGUUCAGAAUGUAUGUUGUAUGAUUUUGAAUCCAUGAUGGAUGAAUCGACAUUUGAUACUGAAAUACUGCUGUCUACCUUACCCCAAUGACUUCUGGGAUACGUGCAGUAAAAGACACUAUUUUGUCCCCUUUAUUUAAAUUUCAUAAAUGCAGGUUAACGUGAUAUCAAACAUUAUUAUUUGCCCAAAUAGAGCUGCAGAAACGUAUGCUGUAUUCUUUUGCCAUUGGGUGGCACUAAUGGGGCAUGCUGUGCUGCACUUUACUUGAGUUAACUUAAAUAUAACACAACGCAGUGCCUGUUAAAGUGCACUUUUUGACUGAUUAGGAAUCAGUAACAAAUUAUUUUAUUACAUUUUUCAGAAUCAUAUAAAGCCAUAGAAAAUUAGUAACCAUGUGGCGUAUCGACUAUAUUUGUGCACAUGUAUUCCCUCAAAGUGCUGUCUUACAUGUGAGAUAUUAAAGUGUGUUAAAUAUUUAAAAUAAACACUGGUUUAAUCUGUUGACUAAAUAAUUUACAAAAAUACAACUCAUUUUAAAUUUUAAACAUUUUUAGCACAUAAUUAAAUUACCGUUGAGGUCUUUAAUUGUUUCUUUAGUAGUUUAUAUUCCACAAUUACACACAAACUAUAUCUAGUUUUGAUUUAAAGACUAGAUUUUAUAUUUCUGUAAUGGUGUACCUAGGCCGUCAUAUACGGGAACAAUUUUACAAAAGUUUAAUGAAAAAAUGUAAGAUCAACAGAGUAUCUAUUAUUAGUAGUAAAUAAAGUUUCUGGUUUAUAGUCAUAAAUGCAUUAGGGGGUGGGGUAGUGGACCCCCUAACCUCAGUAUUUCUAUUUCUUGUUCCAGCCCUCGCUGCACGACUUCAUCAUAAAAUAUAUAUCAAACACGAGGCCUGCACAUGCAAAGGAUUUGACCACAGGAAGGCAGAGAAAACCAGAAGCAUCUCUUUAUUUUCAUGUGCCAUUCCAGAAUCUGUGACAGCCGAAUAUUAUCCAAAACAAAAAUGUGCUUUUUGAUUUCAAGGAAACAGACAUUCAUUUGCUUUAUAGUGUUGAAGUUUAUUUUGGCGAAGCAGUGACCAUCUCAUUUUGUAUCAGUCGCUGGAGGAGCCUGCGCUAAUCGUGGAUGACAAAAAGCACAGCCUUGUAUGUGCGCGUGCAUCGGUGGAGUUCAUGCUCAGCUCUCGGCGCAGUGUGUGCACGAUGAUGCAACGCCUGCUUGUUCCAUGUGUAGAAUGACUUAACACAGCAAACAGGUUGUGUGGGUCAGCCAGUGUGUUGGGCGUGUUCCUAAUACUGCUGACAAGGGGAAAGCUCAUAUGUUAGCAGAGAAGUCUACAGUUUGAUGAUCCACACACACACACACAGACGUAAUUAUUAUUAUCUGAAUGAUUGAGGCUUUCCUCGUUGUUGUCCAGCGUUCCUUUGACAUUAAGCUUUGAUGCUGCUGAAAUGUAGUACUGUCGAAAUUGCUGAUUGCAUUUCAAAAUGGUGAAACCAACCAACCAGAAAAAUAAAAUAAAUCAAACCCUAAAAAUCCUGCAUCUAAAAAGAACACACAGCCAAAAAAAAAGAUGCAGGCCUGAAAAUAUAAACUAAAUGUCCUCUCCGAUAUAUAUAUAUAUUUCUGUGCGGAGCUUCAACAGUGUCUCUCCCGGCCCUUCCAGGCCGUCAUCAAUGUGCUACUCGAGUCCAUCGCUAGACUGAAACAAAAAGAGCAUGUUUUGUUACGCUGUGAACAAAAUGUCAUGGGCUGUUCAACCCCGUCCAAGUCCUCUCCCGCUUCAAACUUCAAAAAGGUGGGCUGUGGACCGUCUUCCUCUUCAGAGUUCAUCCCU